AUGGAUAAAGAAUACGCUGAUUCUAGCCAUCCUCUUGCUCUUGCAAUAGAAAAAAAUUCGAUUGAAGAUGUUAAACAUUUAGUAGAGAGUGGUGCAGAUGUUAAUAUGAUCAUUCACGACAAAAUCAUAACUGAAGUAUAUAAUAGUGAACCAGAUGGUUUUAAUUAUAUUGAAAAGAAGAAAACACCUCUUACUCUUUCUGUUAAAAAGAAUGCUAUUGAAAUUGCCAAAUAUUUAAUUGAACGUGGAGCAAAUGUUAAUGCAGAAGCUACUCGCCAUAAAACAAUAUAUGGAACUACAGAUGUUACUUCUAAAAGUCCUCUCACUCUUGCUUUUAAGCAGAAUUCAAUUGAAUUAAUUAGAUAUUUAAUUGAACAUGGUGCAGAUUUUAAAAAAGUAAUUCCAGCAAAAGAUUAUUAUGAAGAAAGAGCCCCAAAAUGUUGGAAAAAGAAAAAAGUAAUUUCAGGAAAAUAUCCUCUCACCAUAGCAAUUGAACAUGAUAUGGCUGAUAUUGCAAAAUAUUUAGUUGAGCAUGAUGCAGACGUUAAUGUACAAACCAGAAAGGGUUUUACUUACAAAACUCCGCUCAAAGUUGCAAUUAAAAAGGGUUGGAUCGAAAUGAUCCAAUACUUGAUUGAUAAUGACGCAGAUGUCAAUAUGGAAAUUUGCGAUUUCCCUGGCGGCUACGAUUAUAAGGCUAUGAAAACACCUCUUUCUAUUGCAAUUAGGCACAAUUCACUAGAAAUUGUCAAAAUAUUAGUUGAAAAUGGUGCUGAUGUUAAUGCAGAAAUUAUCAAAAAUGAUCCGGAGACGUUCAACGAUAUAGAAUUUUAUCCUCUUGAUACUGCACGUGCUGAUAUUAAAGAUUAUUUAGCAAAACAUGGUGCAAUAAGUUGA